AUGACGUCUGGAGAGCAUGAGGUGUUUUUGGAGUCAAGUGUUCGAGGUUACCACGCAUACUUUAAAUAUUCAACUGUUAGUGUGGGAGAACUGAUGAUGUGGGAGAUCGAAGAGAACAUUGACCACGACAAAUACAGCAAAAUUCCGAAAAUAAGCCCCGGGGAUUAUAUUUUUCAAAGGCCCUUUUUGAGGGGCUUAUUUUUGGAGGGGCUUAUAUUCGGGGGGGUUUAUAUUAUCUAUGGAGGGAAAAAUGCGUUUCAAAAUCAAUUGGGCUAGCAUUAUAGUUGGAAGUAAAUUGCCGGUUUUUUUUCAGUUUGUAUUUGAGGGCAAUUUUCCAAGUACAGGCCCCCGGGGGGCUUAUAUUUGGAGGGACGAUAUAACAGAGGGUUUUUUGCGUUACCGGUUUGGGGGGCUUAUAUUUGGAGAGGCUUAUACAUGGAGGGGCUUAUUUUCGGAAUUUUACAGUAUGCCGUUGCAGUAAAGAAUGAAUCUGGCCAAAUUGUGGGCCAUGUACCUAUUGAGAUUUCGAAGAUUAUGUGUAAGUUCAUUCGUGACUGUGGAGAGGUUGAGGUGGAGUGUAUUGGACACCGAUAUAAUGUGGGCCAAGGAAAAGGACUCGAGAUUCCUGUCGAUUAUAGGCUGCUUGGAAAUCAGCAGUAUUUGCAAAGAGUAGUAACAAAGCUAAAAAGCAUAGAUCUGGCUCUCAGUAUCAGUGACAUUAGGAAAUGUGGCACAGAGUAUUAA